AUGUCGCGCUUGUCUCACGCUGCCGCCACCUCUCUGGCGACGGUGACCAAGCUGCGCCCCUCUCCUGCCGCCGCCGAUCCACGGGCACGCGCCCGUCCCCGCCAUCUUCCCUUCCCCGCUGCCGCCUGCCGAGCGGCGAGCGAAAUUCCCCGCCCGUCCUCCUCUCCCACUGCUCCUGCGGGCCGGCUGUCCACGCCACCCCGCUUCGCUCCUCUUGCCGCUGGCCGCGCCUUUCCGCCGAACUGGACCCUUCCUCGUGUCCCUCUCCCCGCCGCCAGUAGUGACUGGAUGCGCGUGGCUCGUCCUCUUCGCCUUCCCUGCGCAUCACCUGCCUGCCUGGCGAUAGUGCGCCGUCUCCGACCCGCCGCCCGGCGACGCCGGCGCGCACGCCCCAGUCCCGCCGCUUCCUGCGCCCGCCGCCCGUCGAGUGCGCGAGGGUUGACAGGCUGCCGCUCCCACCGCCGCGGUUCUUCCCUUGCUGCGCGCAGCCCGCCCAUGUCGCUUCUGCUGCGUUCUCCUUGCGCCCCACUAGUGCCGGCGCGCACGCCCCAGUCCCGCCGCUCCUGUCGACGCAGCCCCUCCGCGCUCUGCUCCUCCUGA